AUGGUCUGGGUUUGGAAGUUGAGUCUUGUGUUAGGAUUAACGGUCAUGCGGCUAUAUAUAUACAUAUAUAUUUUUACACGCAUUAAACAUUCCUCAACACCACUCCCCCAAAGGUUCCACGUGCCCUUUAGACUCGGCCUCCCCCCCCCAAAAAAAGCAUUCCCCAAAACAGCUUUUCACCUUUAUUUGUUUGACACAUGCACCACGACGAUUUUCCUCUUCUCUCCUCAUCUCCGACGCGCUUCGAUCAGUUUGUCCAUUACCCUACAAAUCUCGUCUCAACAGUUAUUUGGUGAUUCGCAUUAA